AUGAGUUUAUUUAACAAUGUUUUAAGCAACCUCCACGAUUUGCGUGAACUCAUCGAUGCCAUUGAUGAAAUUGAACAGGAUGUCAAGUUAACACUAACCACUGAAUACUGCAAAGUGUACUAUGCACAAUACGAUGGCAAUGGAAGUUAUAAUUGGGGGUUGGAUGCUCUUGAUGGUAAUCAAUACAAUGACGAGUAUGAAAUAUGGGGUGAUGGAGAGGGAAUAGAUGUAUAUGUGGCAGACACAGGCAUCAAUCUAAACCACGAAGAUUUCAUGGGGAGAGUUACUAUUGGCUGGCCGACAUCUACGAGUGUGGAUGACCAAGGUCAUGGUACUCACGUGGCCAGUAUCAUCGGAGGAGUCAAUUCUGGCGUGGCAAAGAGUGCUAACAUCAUUUCCCUGAAGGUUUGUUCAUAUGAGGGGAAUUGUUAUACAUCCAAUGUAUUGCAGGGUUCUCUGUGGGUAAAGAAAACGGUGCAAAACAAUGGGCGACUCUCCGUUAUUAACUUCAGUCUUGGUGGGCCGUUCAUCAGGUCUAUGAACGACGCAGUCGAUGAUCUACUCGCAGCUGGAAUACCCGCAAUUGUUGCAGCUGGUAAUUCCAAUGCAGACGGUUGUACUGAUUCUCCAGCUAGCACGCCAAAUGCCCUCACUGUCGGAGCUUUUAAUGUCCACUUUGAAAAGACUAAUUUCAGUCAUCAUGGUUCUUGCUUAGAUCUUUUCGCCCCGGGUGAGAGUAUCGAAGCUGCUGACUUUUCUGGAAACGAUAAAUAUACUAUAAUGAGUGGCACCUCCAUGGCAGCUUCGUUUGUGACCGGCGCCGUAGCUGCCUUGUUGCAGGUCCUCAGAGAUAACGGUACUAUCACCUCACCCUCUGCCCAGGUCGUCAACUACACCAAUGAGUACAUCAUACAGUACGCAUUACGUGGAAUACUUGCGGGUGUCGGUAAACCCAAUUUGGCUUUGUCUACUCCAUGCUUGUACAUUUGA